AUGGCCGAAGAUGAUGAAACAUUGUACAAGUAUAAACAUACCGAUUGGGUGAUUAAAACCGAUCCGGUAUCGCGUGCAACGGCGUGGCGACAGUCUCCGGCGACGGGUAUUCCGGCGAGACAUGCAGACGAUGAACAUAGGCCGUUUCUCUAUCUUACCUCUCUCUCCUUUGUAAGAUGCUACUCCUACAUCAGAGAUCUACCUUUUUUCUACUCAUCUCCUUCAUCGCAAUGUACUAGCUAUUUGGAGGGUUUUCACACAAUCCAGAAGUCGACUUGCUGUCGCAGACUACCUCCUGAUCCUGUUCUUCAUUUGCAGGCUGUAGAGGAACCAGAGAAAGAGGUAUCGGAUGCAAAAAGAAGCAAGUCAGGUGAAGAGGGGAAUGGAAUUGAAAAAGAAAAGGAAGAGGGGAAUCUAAAACCUACAAAGGAAAAUGUGAAACCGGAGCCACCGAGGGAUUACAUUCAUGUUAGAGUGAGAAGGGGUCAUGCUACUGAUUGCCAUAGUCUUGCGGAAAGGGUAUUAAAGGUGAGCUCCGAUAGCCUAUUACCUGCAAAUCCCGAAAUCCUUGAUGGAGUAGAUGACCUUAUGCAACUAAGUUAUCUAAACGAACCGUCAGUCUUGUACAAUCUUCAAUACAGAUAUGAUAGAGACAUGAUCUAUGCAAGUAUCUGCUAACAUUGUAAUAUUUAUUUAUCACAUUCUUGUAGUUACUUUAAUGCCGUGUGUUCUUAGCUGUUUCUUGCA